UGCUCUCGGACACAGCCUCACGUUUUGUUGAUAACGCAUUUUGUCUGAGAGAGAAAUUGUCUGCUAUCUGAUGAAUUUAUGUGUUUCAAUCAUUUAAUAACAGAUCGAGUUGUGAUCGGAAGGAGUGUACGUGUAUAUUCAACGGAAGUCUGAUUUGUUGUAGUAGCACUGCACCUCGUUGAUCAUCUGCUAACCGUUUUUCAUUUUAGCGGCGUACAGAAUGCCUGAGGAAUGUGGUUCAGGUUCAGCGAUAUUGAAGGCAAUUUCUGCUGGCAGACCGCGACAAGUCCGUUUGCUCAUUGAAGCUGGCGCCAAGCUUUCUAUCGUCGACGAGUGCGGGCAAGGUGCGCUGAUACGCGCAGUAUUUAUCGACAAUAAUCGGAACCAGAUGAAAAUUACCAAACUUCUUUUGAAAUACGGCGCAGUAGUGUCGCAGUCAGAUAUCGUUGAUAGAAACGCACUUCACUGGGCAUGUAUCUAUGGCAAGGAUCGUCUUGUAAGUUACCUGCUAGCUCACAGAGAUGUCGAUCUUGAUCUCAAUCAAGCGGAUAUGAACGGGUGUACGGCACUCUUUCACGCCGCAUCAUCUGGCAGCGCUGCCACGGUUAAGAUGAUAGUUGAUUCUCUACUUAAGUACUCACUCAGUGUUGAUGUUCCCAACUUUAAUGGAAUGACUCCAUUAAUGCAAGCGAUGUACAACGGACACGAUGUCGUUGCGAGUAUACUAAUUCACCAAGGAAAGGCGUCGACGACUGUACGUGACCGCGAAUUCCGAAGCGCAUUUGACUGGGCGGAAACUCGUCCGAAAAAGGUCGUACAGCCAAAACAAAAAUCUCAUCAGCCGUUUCUGCCAAAUAUUCCAAGUAAAGUUGUCAAUAUGAUAACAUAUCGUGAAAAUCACGCAAUUCGGCAACGGCGUUGCGGCGUGUCUGAGGGUGAAGACCAACUGGUCGCGUCGUGUGGCUUCGAUGACUCUGGAUUCUACCCUACAUCUGACAACGGAUCACAAGCUGUUUCAGAUGGAUGGCUCAGUAGUCAAGAUGGCAGCUCUUACCAAUCUAUACAAUACCCAUCUCCAGAACCAGACAUUGGAAAUAGAAAUGACAUGAUAACGUCGCCGUCAAUACAUAAUGUGGAUGAUGAAAAACAGAAAUUGCAAUAUGUAGAGCUGCGUAAGUUGUACAAGCUACUUGAGCACCAGCUUAACGACUCUUUUCGAUCAAGUUACUACAAUCGACCCAAAGUCCACACUGAAACGACUACCUUACACUGUACAAAGAAUGAAGAUGGAAACAUGUGCCAGGCAGAGUGCUGUGAGAAAUCCUGCGGAGUAGCAUUUUCAGAGGAGCGUAUCCAACGAAUCGUCCAAGCCAACAGAAAGUUAAAGAAAGAAAUUGGUAAGUUUAUCUCGAGUAUGGUCAGGUCAGUUCCUUACCUCAUUUUACAUGGCCUACUCAAAAUAAUUGCAUAG